GGUGUCAUAAGGGCCGCAGAUAAAAACGGUAUUUAGUAAGCUAGUUCGAGUUGGAUUUCGUAUUUGUAAGAAGGCCGAGUCCGGAGUUUGUACUGAAAAUGAAUGUCGUUUGCCUAAUUCUGCUGAUUUGUGUGCUCGGUGUACACUCGGCACCUGCGAAUUCUACGACAAGAGCUCCCCUGUCAUCUACCAACGCAGCUACGACUACAGGACCGACUACUACUGCAACGCACAGUAAUAUGACCACCACUACUGCGAGAUCCGCUGUCAGACCGACGACCCAAAGGGCGACGACAACCGCAGGGACGAACGCGCAGCGCGACAACCUCAACAAUGCCAGGCAGGAACCGCAAAGAGAAGACACAGAUGGCGUGGAAGUGGUUUUCACCGGGAUCUGCGGUCCCAGCACCUGCAUCGCCGUGGGUGACAUCGUCGAUAAUUCCGACUAUGACCGAUGACGUGGGGAUCACAAACCGCAGAAACGCCGUCGAUAACAUAAGCCGAUUGUAAAUCCUUACAACGUAAAAAUAAAACUGUGAUUCUGUUUUAA